AUGGUUCAUACGGCCGCUAAAUACUUGCUUGUAGCGUUUCUUGCUUCAACUUACAAAACCUUACCUUUCGCCUAUGUCUUCAGAUUUUACUAUCGUCUUAUAGUAAACUUGGCAAUACCCAGAAAGAGAUAUCUUCUGAAUGGGAAGCAGAAUACUUUCGGAAUCACUGGAAAGACUAAUAAGUUGGAUUUGUUCGAGUACACCACUAUGGAGACAUAUGUUUCUCCAUUAGAACUUGAUAUGUACAUGCACAAAUCCAAUUCUACUUAUUCGAUUGACUUGGACAUUGCCAGAACAAACGUUGUCACCAAAAUUUUCCAAAGAUUCUGGUAUAAAUAUUACGACAAUGAAAAUAAGGAGUUCAAAGGAAUAUCGUUGUCAAAUAUGCCGUAUGUACCGGUUGCUUCUAUUCAAUGUAUAUUUAAGAAGGAAUUGAGGUUAUACCAGAGAUACAAUGUAAAGAGUCAGAUUUUUGCAUGGGAUGAGAAGUGGAUAUUCGUGUUGUCUAAAUUUGUCUUGCCUGGAUCAGAAAAGUUAUGUUCUAUUGCUAUAACUAAGUAUGUUUUCAAAAAGAAACAAAGAAUUACCAUCAAACCGGAGGAGAUACUUAAAGAUUGUGGCUUGUGGAAUGAUGAAGUAGUCAAAGUCAACAAGAAGAAUUACGAAGUGGUUAGGUAUAUGGCUUCAACAGAAGACUUAGAGAAAUCAUGCGACCAAUUUUAA